AAAGAUUGUAUAGAGACCAUCCAUCAAACCCCUAAAUAGUGUUGAUCAGUCACCAUACCUACUAAUAGAGCCAUUGCCUCAAUUGAUACACCUUUGCAUAACACGAUGGAUGCACCUGAUUACGAGUAUCAAUCGUCAAGAAGAGGCGUUGUAGGAGGGUUGGCUUCAAAUGUCCAGCCGCCUCUACCUUCAAACAAUCACGCAGUUCCUGGACAACCACAUCUGCAUUACCCGCAAGCACAAAAUGUGACGUAUCAACAGCAACAAUCUCAGCAACAACAACAACAACAACAGCAGCAACAGCAACAGCAACAACAAGCUUCUAGUGCAGCAUCAACGGUUCAACCUCCUUCACAAGUACUGGCCCGUCCUGCUACCCCAAGAAUGUUACGAAGUGUAAGUGGUACUUUGAAAUCCAAAACUGACUUGAAUCCACAGGAACCGUCGUCUCUGACUACUGUUCCUAGUGAUUCUCACCUGUCCACAAAUUCUCCACAUUACCUGACCGUGAAUCCCUCAGACCAACAUUCAAGACAUCCAAGUUUUCAACUGCCGGCUAAUCAACUACCACCACAACACCGCCAGCAAACAUCAGAAUCAGAGCAAUACUAUCGUCCAUCUUCUUCCAAUCCAUCAAAUGCUCAAUAUUCUAAACCACGUAGCUCAACCAACAGGGUUCAAGCACCGGUUGCCCUCAACCCAGGCCAAUCUCAACCAGGACAAUCUCAAACACGCAAGAAUGAAUUGUUGCCACCUGCUGCUAUUGGCUCACCAGCUCUAAAGCAAAUCAAUCCAAUUGAACCGGCAGCUACUCCUACAGGUAUUCAAUCUAACCCACAACCACCACAACAACAACAACAACCUCCACAAAAACAACCACUGCAACCCCAACAAUCACAUCUGCAUCACCAGCACCAUACUCCGCAACAACAACAACAACAACAAUCACACCAACAGCAACAGUUUCACAGAAAAUCCAUUGGAGAUUGGGAUUUUGUCAAGACUAUUGGUGCUGGUUCUAUGGGAAAAGUUAAAUUGGCUCAACAUAAUGCCACCCGAGAAAUUUGUGCAGUUAAGAUAAUACCCCGUGCUGCUAAAUUAUAUCAACGUGCUCAUGCGAAUGAUCCACCACCACAAAGCACGCAAGAAGCAGCUCAAAGACACAAGGAGUUUGAGAAGGAAAUUGCCAGAGAUAAACGUACUAUUCGUGAAGGUGCAUUAGGCAGAUUAUUAUUCCAUCCGUUUAUAUGUCGUCUUUAUGAAAUGGUCCCCAUGACCAAUCAUUACUAUAUGUUAUUUGAGUAUAUCGAUGGUGGACAAAUGCUUGAUUAUAUUGUUGCCCAUGGUUCCUUAAAAGAAAGACAUGCUAGGAAAUUCGCUAGAGGAAUUGCAUCAGCUUUAGAUUAUUGCCAUCGAAAUAAUGUGGUUCAUCGUGACUUGAAAAUUGAAAAUAUUAUGAUUACUGAGAAGGGUGAUAUUAAGAUUAUCGAUUUCGGUUUAUCUAAUUUAUAUUCACCAAAGAAUUUGUUAAAGACGUAUUGUGGAUCCCUUUAUUUUGCUGCUCCCGAAUUAUUAAGUGCAAAACCAUACACCGGACCCGAAGUUGAUGUUUGGUCUUUUGGUGUAGUUCUCUAUGUAUUAGUAUGUGGUAAAGUUCCAUUUGAUGAUCAAUCAGUUUCAGUAUUGCAUGAAAAGAUCAAACGAGGAAAUGUCGAGUAUCCAAAUUUCCUUUCUCGUGAAUGCGUGUCAUUAUUGUCAAGAAUGUUGGUUGUUGAUCCAACUAAAAGAGCAACAUUGUAUGAGAUUUGUCUGCAUCCAUGGAUGAAUAAAGGCUAUGAUUAUAAAGCAUCUAAUUAUCUCCCUAAGAGGGAACCAUUGAAAUUACCUUUAGACCCAGAAAUUAUAAAGACUAUAGCUGCAUUUGAUUUGGGGAACGUUCAAACAAUCACCGAGGAGUUAACUAAUAUAUUGACUAGUGUUGAAUAUCAAAUGAGUUGUGAGAAUUGGUAUAAAUUAACAGAACAAGGACGAGAAUAUGCAUCAGCAAAUAAUUCACACAUAUUACCAGACCCGACUGGUGGAUUCCAUCCUUUGAUUUCAAUUUAUCAUUUAGCUGAUGAAAUGAGGAAACGUAAGCGGGCAAAGGAAGAAGCAAUUAAGGCCCAAUUAAUGCAACAAUCGCAACUGCAACCAAUCACCUCUCAACAGUUACCGCCCAUACUGGCUUACCAACAACAACAAUUGGCACAACAAGUUCAAGCCCAAUCAAAGCAGCAACAACCACUUCCAAGCCUACCAAUUCCUGAACAAGCACAUACUUUUAAUAAAGGUACACCCGAUAUUGUGCUUGAUAAGGAUUCCGUGGAGCGACAAGGACCACCAGUCAUACCUGAACAACAACCUAAAAGCCCAAGAACUAGUCUUGGAGGUCGUCCUGGUGGUGGCGAUAGUUUGGAUCCAAAUGUUAGUAAGAGCCCAGGUACAACUACUGGCAUUAAUUCAUUAUUGAGAAGAUUAUCCUCCAAGAAGUACAAAACUUCUAGUGCUUCACCAAAGAGAACUACAUCUCCACCUGUCGAAACCACCAAUACUGAUUUACUCAAGACUACGGUUGUAUCUCCACCAACUUCAAUUUCUCCACAAUCCUCCACUACUUCAGUUACCAAACGAGAUCCAAUGAUGCGUCGUGGUGUCAGUAUGAAGGUUACUGCCAAAGAGAAGUUAAUGGCUAAGGAAAAGAAAAAUGAAGUGGUUAGAAAGGGUAAUACAACAGCUACGACUGCGAAUAAGGUGCACGGAUUCAUACCUGUCGAAUACUUGCCACCAUUACCAACACUUGAUGCAAAUACUAAUACAAUUGUGUCUGAUCAGCCAAAGGCACAAACUUUGACUGUUCCCGGCGCUGGAGUUGGAGCUGGUGGUCGAAAAUUACACCCUACAGCUCGAGCCAAAUCUGUUGGUGGUCAUGUCAGUAAGGAUCAAUAUGUCAGUAGUGGCUCUACAAGAAGAGCACACCCACCAUUGCCCAAUGCCAUGGGUAAUCAAAACAGUGAUGAAAUUGUUGCUGGCGGUACUGCCACAAGUAGUGAAAACACAUUUGAUGGAUUUUUUGAUGAUGUUAAGUUGGAUGAAUUAGAGGUUCAUGAAUUACCACAACUUACCGAAGAUGAAAUUGUAGAACAAUACAAUAAUGCUAAACCUGGAAGUAUGCCAUCCAUUGAACAUUGUAAGACAUUAUUCUUGAAAGGAUUCUUUAGUGUUCAAACUACAUCUGCUAAACCAUUACCGGUCAUUAGAUAUAAUAUAAUUAGCAUUUUGAGCAAGUUAGGUGUUAGAUUCCAGGAAGUUAAAGGUGGUUUUGUUUGUGUUCACAAACCAUCAGUUCAAACCAAGCCAAAGAAUGAAACUGAUGAAGGGGAAGAAAAUGAUUCAGGAAACAGUACCAUUCAUGAUGAAGAGCAAGAAGGACAGGAUGAUGAUGAUACACAAAACAGCGCCGAGAAACAAUUAUAUGGUGAUGCAUUUAAAUCUACUUCUUCAUCUUUUGGUGAUGAACCUUUCAAGAUUCCCGGAACCUCAGAAGGAACAAAAACUCCAAGUAGACGACCAAGUAUUCAAAUUCAAACUACAUUAUCACCUAGUGCGGCCCCACCUUCUGGAAGUAUCAAAUCUCAUAAAUCAUCUAAUUCAAUUGGCAGUGCUUCGGGAUCUGGAUCUGGAUCUGGAGGACAUAGACGAAAAUUCUCAAUUGGUAAUUCAUUCCUUACCCAAUAUCGUAAGAAGAAUGGAUCUCAAGUUAUGAUGCCGCCUAAUACACCAGCUGCAGCUAAAGUUAUUCGUGGAAUGUAUGAUGACGAAGAAGAAUUUGAGAUUUCUCAAGCGUUUGAAAUGGACGAUUCUGCAGAAUCAUUGAAUGGAUAUAUUGGUGGAAGUGAUAUGUUGGUAUCAUCUCGAAUUGAGCAAAGGGCAACUUCAGCAAAGACACAAUCUCAACAUCAACGCAAUGCCAGUGUUUCAUCCACAGGCAGUAGGAAAAUUGCCAAGAAGUCACCAUUGAAAUUUGAGAUUCAUAUAGUUAAAGUUCCAUUAGUUGGAUUAUACGGUGUUCAAUUUAAAAAGAUUUUCGGCAACACUUGGAAUUAUAAAACUUUGGCUAGUCAAAUUUUGAAUGAGAUGAAUUUAUAGUUGAUUACGUGGAGACGUUAUUGCUUAUUUUAUAUGAAGUUCAUUUCGGUGCUGUUACUUGUCUCUUAUAUAGUUUUUAAUAUUUUUUUUUUGUUUAUUAUUUAAUUUACAGUCACGUAUAAAGUUAUCGAGAAGUAAGAGCUUAAAUUUAUAGCUGGUGCAUCGUUUUGCGGUGAUAUCAAGAUACUUUACUAAAUCUGAGGACAAGAGCAGAAAGUUAUAAUACAGAUUUUAUUUCUAAAUAGUAAUACAGUUGACAGUAACAAUGCUAGUGAUUUACAAUUUGAUUUGUGGUAGUGACAAUAGGUGAAAUGGGUUUUUCCGGGUUUAUAUUAGUUGUUGUCACAAUUGGUGGAACAUUUGAUUGUUGGUUAACUACUUUCUCAAUGGGAAAUUCUUGCUUUGACUCCUGUGAUUGUAUAUGAUGAACAUUUGUCGUGGUCUUAAUUGGCGUAGUUUCACUCUUAGUGGGGGUUGUUGCAGGUGAAGGACUAGACAAGUCAAUUGCCGUAUGAGACAAGGAUGGAGUUGGAGUUUUCACUUGUUCAGGAUGUUCCAAAUGAAUAGUUACUGGAAAUUCAGCAGUUUCACCUUCCGAAUCGAGUGAUACAACUUCGACUUCAGGAGUUGGGGUGAAUGCUGGAGUUUUAUCAAGUCUUAAUCUUAAUCUUUCUUCUCUGGUUAACCCAUUGGUAAAAUCUUGAUGUUGUUUCAAUUGUUGUUCCUUCAAUCUUGUCCUUCUUUCAAACCGUUUUUCAGCAGCCAAUGCUAAUUCAAUCUCUUCUUGUUGUCUUUGUAAUUCUAAUUCUUGUUGACGUUGUUUUUCCUUUGCUUCCAAUCUAGAAGAUCUCUUUCUGGUGGCUAACAAGGUAACUAAUUGAAUUUCUUUACGUUUAUUAAUUAAGAAUUUCCGUUUCCGAAUUUCGUGAUUGAAAACUGCAUCAACUGUUUUAGAAAUUUUUGUCACUAUUGGUUUGAUCUUGUGUGAUUUUUUUAAAUAUUCAUUUAAUUCAUAAAUAUCUUUGUAAACCAAUUCAAACUUGAUUUUAGACAUAUUUACAUCAAAAGAGUUUGAAUUAAAAUAUUCAUUGGGGUUUUCCGGUGAUAAUUUUCUCUUUUUGGGGAUUACCAACUGGUUAUAAGUGAUGGUUCUUUUAUAAAGUCUGUUAUCUUCGAAUAGCAAGAAAUAUUCAUCUUGGGAGCUAUUCUUGGAAGGUGGGGUGAAUAUUGAGUUCACUCUUAAUUGAUCAAAUGUUAAUCCAGUUUUGUCUAUCCAGUCUCUAAAUUUGGAAUAGUUUGAAAUGUAUGAGAUUAAAAUGUAUAAGAUUUCAAAUUUGUCAGAGAUCUUCAACUGAUCAAAUUUAAUGUCAACUUCUUCUUCAUGUUUAGUGUUUGCUGUUUCUUCUGCUUCGUCUUCUUCCUCUUCUUUCCCGCCUAAUGGAGUCUCGAUACCAAACCAUAAUCUGAAAAUUUUUUCGAAAUUAUUCAACGAGGACAAUUUUGAAUUUUGCAAUGUUGAAAUUAAAUUCAACUUUAACUUAUCUAUGAACAAAACCAGCUGUUGUUCACUCGCUCCAUAUCCACCGCUAGGAAAAUAAUUCAAUAAUUCCAACUCAAACAAAUCAACAUCAAAUAACUCGGACUGUAACUUAAGGAAUCCUCGAAAGUUAUACAACCAAUUAAUAACAUAUAUAUACUUGAAGCUGGCUCGUAAAUUGUCCAAUUCUUCAGUGUUGUAUUCAUUUUGAUUUGGUAAUUUUACAGGAUGAUGUUUAGCUAAGGUUUGCUUUUGGUCAGCACUACCUAUCUUCAAGGAAUAUGCAGGAUGUGAUUCUUCAGCAGAAGUUGCUGGUGUGGAAGACUUGGAUCCUUUGGCCACCAUAGUUUGUGUUGUUAGCAAAAGAAA